CCCGUCCCAUCCCACCCAUCCUCCUUGCCCCAAAUACCGGCGUAGUGGAGGUAGUCUACUACCGCUAUGCCCGCUUCAUCCACCUCCUCCAGAUCCAGGCCGUUCCCCAAGCCUUCCGCCUCCCACCUCGUCCCCCACGACCUCGCCUCCUCCUGGUGCUGCUCUCCGCACGGCCACUCCCCCGCCGCCGCCGCCUUGUUCUUCCUGUCGUCCCAAUCCAGCUCCCCCACCGCCGCCGCACCGGCCUCCCCUGCCCGCGCCGACCCCGCACCCAUGGACCCCUCGCCGCAGCCGCCCGCCUCCGGUUACGCGCCGUCCUAUCCGUCCAGCUACACCAAGUUCAACUCCGCGCUCAACGCUGGCCUCCUCAAUCCUAUGUCCCCGCCGCCGCUGCCGCUCGACAAGACGCGCUCCAGCCCCACCCUCUUCGACAUGAUGGCCAACGAGCAGGACUACCACCCGCGCACCGCCGCCGCCAUCCACUCCAUCCCGGCCCCGCCGCAGCCGCACCCGCUGCAGCCCGCCCGCUCCAUGGACAGGCAGGUGCUGCUCCAGGAUCGGGUCGCCGAGCUCAUCGGCAGCUGCAGCCCCGGGAACCAGUUCAACGACGCCGACUCCUCCGACGUCCGCCUCACUCUCACCUCCAAGGAUGGCCUCUCCGUCACGCUCUGCGUGCACCGCCACAUACUCGUCGCCCACAGCAGGUUCUUCGCCGCGAAGUUGUCUGACCGGUGGUCCAAGCAGCAGCGGACAUUGCCGCACAUCGUCGAGAUCUCCGACUGCGACGAUGUCGAGGUGUACGUCGAGACGCUGCGGCUCAUGUACUGCAAGGAUCUGCGCCGGAGGCUCAUGAGGGAGGAUGUGAACAAGGUUCUCGGCAUUCUAAAGGUGUCCGCGGCCAUUGUCUUCGAUGCUGGGGUCCUGUCUUGCUUGGAAUAUUUGGAGGCAGCGCCAUGGGCGGAGGAUGACGAUGAGAAGGUGGCGGCGUUGCUGACACAGCUGCACCUGGAGAGCUCCGGCGCUGGGGAGGUGCUUAAGAGGGUCUCACUGGAGCUGGCUCCCUCGGCAGUGGCUGAAGAGGUGGAGGUCGGUGGAGGCUGCAAUGGUGGUGGGGAGGAGGUGUUAGUGAGGCUCCUGCAGGUCGUCCUGGAAGGGAAGGACGAGAAGGCAAGAAGGGAAAUGAAGGGGCUGGUUUCCAAAAUGCUAAGGGAGAACAGCACAUCGCGUGGAGGAGCCAUCGGAGGUGACCUCCGGAAGGAGUCACUGUAUUCGGCGUGCAAUGGCUGCUUGCGCCUGCUGCAUGAUCAAUUUGUGAGGGCUGCAGGUGGUGAUCAAUCUGAGGUGGUGCAGAUUGCCAGGCAGGCUGACAACCUUCACUGGAUGCUCGACAUCCUUGUAGAACGCCAGAUUGCCGAAGAUUUCUUGAGGACAUGGGCAAUGCAGAUUGAGUUGGCAGAGUUGCAUGGUAAGGUGCCAGCAAUUCACCGCUAUGAAGUUAGCCGAGUGACGGCGAGGUUGUUUGUUGGGGUUGGCAAGGGGCAGAUCUUAGUAUCCAAAGAGGCUCGUUGCCAGCUCUUGAGUACUUGGUUAGAACCAUUCUAUGAGGACUUCGGAUGGAUGAGGCGAGCCUGCAAGGGGCUUGACCGGCAUUUGAUUGAGGAUGGACUUGCAAACACCAUCCUGACACUGCCCCUACCAACUCAGCAGGAGAUCUUGCUUGCAUGGUUUAAUCGGUUCCUCAACUCUGGGGAGGACUGCCCUAAUAUUCAGAGAGGGUUCGAGGUAUGGUGGCGGCGUGCCUUCUGGAAAAGAAAUGGUGAACCCGAGCAGCCACCUCGUUUAAGGAUCACAGCAAUCUGUGAGAAUUCUUGAUUACUUUGAUUCAGUGGCUGAAGUUGUGAUGUAAAGGUUAAUGUCGUGUGAUCUGUAGCUGUGUUCUAACUGUCGUGUUGAGCUGUCUAUUAUAUCUGUUUGAUUUAGGUGAUUAUACAUGAGUAUGUUCAUCUUGUUCAAUUAUACCAGAUCUGAUGUAUCUCUA